AUAAUGGAGAUUUGAAGAACAAGGUGGAGGUGGGUCCCUUCAUUCGCUGCUAUUCGACGCCUUCUAAGCUUUGAUCGACCAUUAAUAAUUCACCCACGUGAUUCAAUUCUCUCUCUUUUUUUAAUCCCCACAUGUCCAAAUGGUAACACGUACACACAAAUCUCUCUCUCUCUCCCUCGAGUUCUCAACCAUGAUGAUGGACAAUCCCUGCAACCUUAACCCUUCGAUCAUCAUCGUCUCCGUAACCCUAAUCCUCACCGUCGCCGCUGGAGACGACACCAUCGUUGCCGACUUGCCCUUGCUCGCCGGAGUCAAAUACACAAACCCACCGGAGAAUCUCUUCCUCCGGUCGUCGACGCCGCCGACAUCAUCGAGGAACCGGUCUGCGAGCUCUCCGUCUCCGGUGAGUCCGGUUGGGUCGUCGGCGUGUCGGGUUUGGACACGUGUCUGCUCCGAGGAGGUUCUCCAGUUGGCUUUCAAGCCGGAGAACGUGGAGUGGGUGAAGCGCGUGAGGAGGAGGAUCCAUGAGAACCCGGAGCUCGCGUUCGAGGAGUACGAGACGAGUCGGCUCGUUCGGUACGAGUUGGAUCGGUUAGGUAUUCCGUACAAAUACCCGCUGGCGAAAACGGGUAUCCGGGCUUGGGUCGGAUCC